UAGGAGAAGAAGAUGAAGUAGUGCUGUUUACUACUAUUGAUAUCUUAUUUGAAUUAGGUUAACUUGAUGCAACAAAACAAAACCCCCUAUUUGAGCAUCUACUAUUCACAUAUCACUUCCAGAAGUGUUUUCUGGAGUACUUGUUCAUUGCAUCGCAGACAACUAUCGAGCGUUCUUCGACUCAUUUGAGGCAUUGCUUUACGAUGUGGCCACAUAGUUAUACUUUCUUGGUCUUUAUAUUUGUAGCCGACUUCGCUCGCGCCCAGAUCAGCUGCCUACAAUGUUCAACGGACGAUCCUGGUUGUGACGAAGGCAUUUUAUCAGUCACGAGUUGUCCUGCGCCGAACGAUAGCUGCUACUCGCUUACCCUUUCCGGGGGAUACAUUCUGGAGAGAGGAUGCCUCAGCACGUUGUCCGACGAAGAACAGUUAAAGUGUGUCGAUCCUGCCGAUCACUCUUGUAUGGUUUGUUCGGAUCCGGACUGCAACCGGGAACGGUGGCAAAAGUGUCAUCACUGUUACAAGUCCAGUAAUAGCAAGUGUGCUUUUCACCCUAACCGAAUCACGUUUUGUCGUAAUUAUAAGGCGGAAGAUCGAUGCUACGCCAAGGUCGUUGGUGAUGAAGUUAUCCGUGGCUGCCAAUCGGACUUGAUUGAUGGUCAAAACCCAUGCGAUGGUAACAAAUAUUGCAUAACGUGUGAGGGCGACUCCUGUAAUGGGGUCGACCAGGAUGCGUUGAAAACCGUAACAAGGUGCAUUCAAUGCAAGGAAGGGGAUUUCCGGUGUGUCGAUGGAACUGCAAUCAACAGUGAAUGCGACGAACGGGAGGAUAGAUGCUACAUUAAAAUGUGGCAUGGUGGUGAACUGGCUCGAGGUUGCGUGAAAAAACUGAACCAGGAAGAGCAAAAUCGAUGCAACGACGACGCGGAUCGGUCGUGUUACAGCUGCUUCGGUCGGCAGUGUAACAAUCAUCGAUGGCUGAGAUGCUUCCAUUGUGCUCCGGGACAGAACGAGACUUGCGCAGAGGAACAGACGGAUGCGACGCUUUCGUACUAUUGCGGUAGUUUUGAUCUUGCAGAUCGCUGUUAUUCGAAGUUGAUCGAUUUCAAAGUCACACGAGGGUGUGCGUCGGACCUGGGAAUCGAUGUUGAUCCUUGCGAAGGCCUUGACGCUUGUGUGAGCUGCACAUCGGACGGUUGUAAUUCGAUUUCUGAAGCGUACAUUAAGAACGCUGGGUAUAAACAAGCGUAGAUUGGUUGGGAAACGUCUUUGAACAAAAUAAACAAUAGAAUGAAACGAAUUUAUUUAUUAGCAUAAUUU